CGAUAUUACUGGCAAAAUCCUAGACCUCUCAUCUUGCUUCCUUUCCGUUGUAUCUUUGCUCUCGCUCUCCCUCGCCCGCUCUGGGUGGGCUGGUCGGAGCCGCCCUCGCUCCCAGCUCCUUUCAGCUCAACCCAGUACUUCUCUCUCCAUUUCAAUGAUGACUCUUCUCCAUUUCUGGGGCCCCGCUGACCCCUCGUGGUCGUCCUCCAUCUCCGCUACCCCCAAAACCUGUUCGACGGAUUGCCUCACCGAACCGCCACGGCCUCAAACCUCACCGUCCGCCUUCUCCGUUCGGUCCUCUACCAGGGGCUCCGGGACGGUUCCUUCGGGGCUCCAGAAGCAGCCCAAGAAGGACCUUUCCCGGAUUCUCAGGACGGAGUCUGCUAUCAGGGGCAUAGAGAAGAAAGCCAAUUCCAGCAAGUACAGCAGAUUGUGGCCCAAAGCUGUAUUGGAGGCGCUCGAUGAGGCUAUCCGAGAUAAUCGCCACGAUUCUACCCUCAAGAUCUUCGGCCUUCUUCGGAAGCAGCACUGGUACAAACCGAGAUGCCAGACAUACACGAAACUCUUGAUGAUGCUUGGGAAGUGCCGGCAGCCCCAACAGGCGAGUCUGCUUUUCGAGCUCAUGCUGUCUGAAGGCCUCACGCCCACUCUGGACGUCUACACUGCAUUAGUCAGUGCUUACGGUCAAAGUGGUCUCAUCGACGAGGCAUUCUCGACUGUUGAAUCCAUGAAAUCAGUCUCAGAUUGCAGGCCCGAUGUCUACACUUACUCCAUUCUCAUCAGUUGCUGCAUUAGAUUCCACCACUUUGAGCAGAUUGACCGCAUACUCGCCGAGAUGUCUUAUCUUGGAAUUGAAUGCAGCUCUGUUACAUAUAAUACUGUAAUUGAUGGAUACGGGAAAGCCGGGAUGUUCGAGCAGAUGGAGAGGUCGUUAAUGGACAUGAUUGAUAGUGGGUCCUGCCUUCCCGAUAUCUUCACAUUCAAUUCAGUUGUAUCUGCUUAUGGGAGGAGCAGGCACAUCAAUGAUAUGGAGCGGUGGUACGAGGAAUUUCAGCUCAUGGGGAUAAGGCCGGACAUCAUAACAUUCAAUAUCCUCAUCAGAUCAUAUGGAAGGUCGGGCAUGUACGAGAAAAUGGCAUCUGUCCUCGAUUACAUGGAGAAGAGGUUCUUUUCCCCGACAGUCGCGACUUACAAUAUCAUAACAGAUGCAUAUGGUAAGGCUGGAGAUCUGGGAAAGAUGGACGACUAUUUCAAGAAAAUGAAGCAUCAAGGGAUUAAGCCAACCUCUGUAACGUAUUGUUCUCUUGUCAAUGCUUACAGUAAAGUUGGAUUGGUUUCGAAGGUCGAUUCAAUCCUAAGGCAAGUGAGUAAUUCUGAUGUUAAAUUGGAUACUGCUUUCUUCAACUGCGUCAUAAGCGCCUAUGGAAAAGCGGGUGAAGUAGAGAAGAUGAGCAAUAUGUUCCAGAUGAUGAAAGAGAGGAAAUGCUGGCCUGACAAUAUCACUUAUGCUACCUUGAUACAAGCAUACACCGCGCAGGGCAUGACCGAGGCUGUGAGAGAUUUGGAGGCUAAGGUCAUCGCAACUAAGGAGCGUUCAGUGAAGCGCACUCUUCUCUUUUGUCCUCAUUACAUAUAUCUCCAAUAUCUUAUGUCAGCCCAACCUUUCUUUUGUAUGAGCUUCCUGAAGCCCUGUUUAUUACUUUCAUUUGAACAGGCACAAGGUUGAUCGAAUGUUAGCACCAUCGAUCUGGUGGGUGUGAGAGCUACAUAUGCAAAGGCAUAGUUUAAGGCCCGAAUGAUGUACCAUAGCAGUAAUUAUUUGACUGAGACUUCCUGAUGCCGGAUUGCAAGGUGACUAGGAGAAAAAGAAAACUCAAAUGGGGAGUCAUCUGCUGAGGUAGUGUUGAUAUAGCCAAUCCUUGAGGUUCUGAUGAUGAGAGAAAACGACCUUUCGUCCAUCUCUCUCAACACGGGCUGGAACGAAGACGACCCAACUGAGGAUGUUAUAUACAAGUAGAUUUCCGAGUAGUGCAACGUGAAUCGCAGGUGGACCAUGUCGGAUUCUGGGUAUUCUUGUCACAUACUAUGUAAUUUCUUGUACCAAAAAAGGAAAAAGGGCAAAAACGAGGAAUUCGACUAGUGAAAAUUAGAGGGGGUGUGAAGGGAUCUUGUUGGUGUACAACCCAUGUAAUGUAAGGUCUGACUGACAGCUCCAUUCCCAUUCCUCCCAUGAAAUAUCUUUCGAGUCUAAUGGCAUAUAUUUUUGGCA